AUGCCUACACCACCCAAGCGGCCCGGCGACGACGCACUCGAUGGCGACGCCUCCCACGCCUGUGCCGGCCUCUCCCACAACCGCUCUAAUAAGGCCCCGCGACUGAAAGAGAGCAAUGCCAGCGUCCUCCGCCAUACCCACGGCGACUUGUCCGGCGCAGUCAAGAAGAAGACGUCGGGCUCAACGCGGACGGGUCAGGCAUGCGAUCGCUGCAAGGUGAGUCCUCACAUAUCCAACCACUUGCAUCAAUCGCACACGGCACUUGCAUGUGAUGGACCUCUCGCUGACGGUGACCUCGACAGGUCCGCAAGAUACGAUGCGACGCCCGACCCGGCGGCUGUUCGCCAUGCCUCCAGAACAAUACCGAAUGCAAGACCACCGAUCGCAUCACCGGCCGUGCCACCUCCCGCGGUCACACAGAACAGAUCGAGAAUGAGAAUGCCAUGCUGAAGAUGUACAUGAUCGAGUUGCAACAGCAGCUGAGGAACAAUGGUCUUGAGCCGAAGCCGGCCCCGUCGUCGUCGCAAGGCAACGAUGGCUCGUGGGAAGACAUGCACACUUGGAACUCGCAGCCACCAUCAAACUCGGCUGCGGACUCUACGCAGGAGCAUGGUGACCGACAGAGUCCUCAAGGAUCGCUGCUUCCACACUUCAGGCCGGACUGCAUCGGCGACAACUACUUGGGCGUGUCGUCGGAGAACAACUGGCUGAGUCCCAUCGAAGGCACGUCGCUCGCCCUCUUCGGCACCAAGAUCGACUUGGCUGAAUUCAUGCCCUCCGAGUCCGAUCCCGCCGAAGCCCCCAUGUCGUAUCGCACCUUCCUCAACUACGCCUUCGGAAGGACCCAGCCAUACACUCCCGAACUCCCUCCAUACGAGCAGUGCAAGGUCUAUGCCGAGUGGUACUUCCGAUCCGUCCAGCAGUUCAUACCCAUCCUGCACAAGCCCGACUUCAUGGACCUGCUCAAACGCAUCCACCACGACAACUACCAGUCCAAUGCAGCCGAGACAGUCAUGGUCCACAUGGUCCUCGCGGUAAUCAACUACCAGUUCUCCGCUCGCAAUGGCAAUGACCAGGCACGGCAGGACGCUAUGAGCCACUACCACUACGCAUUGAGCUUCGUCCCAGAGUUGAUAGCCGGCCACACGCUCCAGGACAUCCAGGCACUCACCAUCAUAUGCUCGCAGCUUAGGAAUCAGCCUCGGCCUGGGGCCACCUGGAUGUUCACGAACCUGGUGAUGGGCUUAGCCAUUGAAUCCGGUCUGCAUCGCUCAGCAAGGGCUUGGCAAGGCUCGACGAUGAAUCAGGACCCACACCACCUCGAAAUGCGGAAGCGAAUCUUCUGGAGCCUGAUGAUCACUCACGUUCACGUCAGUGGUAAGCUGGGAAGGCCCAUGCCCUUGCGCGUGGAAGACUUUGACAUCGAGAUGCCAGAGCCAACACCAGAUCAUCUGCCUGAGGAGACCGAAUUGAGCGAGUGGAAAAGGUGUUCUUGGCGAGCUGGUGCGUCCGGCUUCCCGCUAUUGAGGAUCAUGAUGCAGGUCUACUCCACCAUCUACUCGAUAAAAUCGACCGGACAGUACGAGACCAACGUCAAAGCCUUGGAGAAGGAGCUGGAUGAGUUUGCGGAAUCAAUCCCUCCAGAACUGAGAGGUGGCCGCGAGACCACGGACGAAGACCGGGUCUCAGCUCUGUACCUGGACAUCUCCAUUGCAGAGUGCCAGCUUCUACUUCACCAUCCUUCGCUCUGUCGCUCGUCAUCGCCACAGGUCAUGAGCAGCAACCUCGACACCUGCAUCCACUGGAGCGGCAGAUUGCGAUCUAGCGCCGUGCAGCUCAAGACGUUGAAGAGUCUUGAUACCACGUGGUACUACGCGACGGAUUUCCUGGCUGCGAUCUUCACGACACUGUUCGCAUCUACGGAGAGAAGAGAGCAGAUGGACUCGUCUGAUCUGCAGCGCCUCCGCCAUGAGAUGGACCAAUGGCUGGACGUGAUGGGUGAAGUCGGAACACUACUUGGUAUGUGCCAUCAUCAAGAUUGAACAUUCAUAACUCAUCUGACUUACUUGCUCUAGGUACUGGGCCCGCUCUGCAGAGUGCAGUACGCGGCAUCAUUGACUUCUCCCUCGAUCACAUUAGCGCGCACGUUGCCGCCAAGACCGCCUCUGCUGCCGUUACUUCCACUGCCUCUCCUCCCUCACAAGAUCAGACACCGGCGCAACAGCCAUAUGAGAACGCCAACAGCGCCAACGGUUACUAUUCGGAGCACUCGGGCACACAGGAUCUCAACGGCGUACAGCAUCCGGCGUACAACGAAGCUCAGCAAGGCCAUGCGUCGCAGGGCCCGGCUACGUAUCCGCCUCCGACUCAAUAUCCCUAUGGCACAGCGCAGCCCAAUGGGAUCCCGUACGCUACUACGACCCCCGCUGGCUUCGACACCGCGGCCUAUCCAAGCGACCAGAAGCCGGACAUGGAAGCAGAACUGGCCGCACAUACUGCUUCCAUCGCCACGCCACAGCAACCAGUUCCGUCGAACUUCAUGCAGGCUAUAUCAUCACCGGCACCGGGCUCCAGCGGCUUCCAGCAGCCUCCUCAGGUGGCUGUUAUGAAUGGGCAAGCUGCGUUUCCACAAUCUGGACCGGCCGCUUGGCGGCACUUCGCAGACAACAUGAUGACCAACGUCAGCGGCCAAGAUUACAUGAACUCGGCGGGGGCACUCAUGGCGAUGAGUGCGGGGAAGCCCGAUGCGUCGGUCUUGCCGUCGGAAAUGGCCGUGGCGACCAUGGGUAAUUUCCAGGUCCCGGCUGGUGAUCCGAACCAGCCCUGGCCGCUGAUUCACUACAACGGCGGCAGUGGACACAGUCAUCAACGACAGUGA